AACCCCGUCUGCGCAGGGGGACGAGGACGAUCCGCACACGAUGGCGACGGCAACGGCGAGGAUGCUCGCGGCACGUCACGUCCAUGCGGCGGCGCGCACCGCUCCCAUUGUCAGCGCACGGAGACUCGUUUCUUCGCCGUCGUCAAUAUCUUCGUCUUCUUGUUCAUCAUCAUCCUCAUCAGCGCACAAGGUUAUCAGAUCGACCAUCGCCAGACCGUAUUCGUCAAGAGCCGCCGAGCCUCCGGGGCCGAUAGCAAGGACGAGAGGCAAGCCUCUCCCCUCGGCCUUCUUUUCAGCUCGCUCGUACCAGCACAUGGCCCAGCAGCAGCAGCAGCAGGCGCAGCCCCCUGCCGAAACGAAGCAACAACAAACGCCUGAAAAGAAGCUCGACGGUGACGACCCGCUCAAUCUGAACAAAGCGCCCAACACUACGGUCAAGGAGCAGCGACAGGCUGACUGGACCAUCGUCAAAAAGCUCAUAGGUCACAUCUGGCCCGCAGGCGAUACGGGCACAAAGACUAGGGUGCUGUUGGCCCUCGGCCUCCUUAUCGGCGGCAAGCUGCUCAACGUGCAGGUGCCCUUUUUCUUCAAGGCCAUCGUCGACAGCCUCAACGACGCCGUCAAUGCGCCUCUGGACAUGUCCAACCCCAACACCGUCUACGUCGUUGCGGGCGCCAGCAUUCUGGGCUAUGGUCUCGCCCGGGUGGGCGCCGCUGCCUUUUCAGAGCUUCGCAACGCCGUCUUUGCCAAUGUGGCGCAGCGAUCGAUUCGGAGAGUGGCCAAGAACGUUUUUACUCACCUGCUCCAGCUCGACCUUGGGUGGCAUCUCUCAAGACAGACGGGUGGCCUGACUCGGGCCAUCGAUCGAGGCACAAAGGGCAUCUCCUUUCUCCUCACGUCCAUCGUCUUCCACAUCGUGCCCACGGCGCUCGAGAUCUCUAUGGUGUGUGGCAUUCUAAGCUACAAGUGUGGGCCGAGUUUUGCGGCCGUGACGGCCGUGACCAUGGCCGCCUACGCCUGGUUUACCAUCAGGACGACGGCGUGGAGGACGCGUUUCCGAAAGGAGGCCAACGCAGCAGACAAUCGCGCGGCGACGACGAGCGUCGACUCGCUCCUCAAUUACGAGGCGGUCAAGUACUUUAACAACGAAAAGCACGAGGUCGCCAAGUACGACGCUGCGAUGGCCGACUAUGAAAAGUCGAGCGUCAAGGUGGCGACGAGCCUGGCGGCCCUCAACAGCGGCCAGAGCCUCAUCUUCUCGUCGAGCCUGACACUGAUGAUGCUCUUGGCGGCCCAGGGCGUUGUCAACGGCACCAUGACCGUCGGCGAUCUCGUCCUGGUCAACCAGCUCGUCUUCCAGCUCUCGCUUCCCCUCAACUUUCUCGGCACCGUCUACCGAGAGCUGAGGCAGAGUCUCGUCGACAUGGAGGCCAUGUUCAAUCUGGAAAACGUCCAGGUCAAGGUCAAGGACAACGUCGAUGCACCCCCGAUCGACGUCAAGGCUGGCGAGAUUCGCUUCGAGAACGUUACCUUUGGCUACCACCCCGACCGGCCCAUCUUCAAGAACUGCUCCUUUGUCAUCCCCGCCGGACUCAAGACGGCAUUUGUGGGCCCGUCUGGGUGCGGCAAGUCCACCAUCUUCCGGCUCCUCUUCCGCUUCUACGAGCCCCAGUCGGGUCGAAUCCUCAUCGACGGCCAGGACAUUCGCGAUGUCAACCUCGAAAGCCUGCGACGGGCCAUCGGUGUCGUGCCCCAGGACACGCCGCUGUUCAACGACGACAUUCUCUUCAACAUUCGCUAUGGCCGGCUGGACGCCAGCGACGACGAGGUGUACGCGGCGGCCAAGCGGGCCAAGGUGGACCAGAUUGUGCGCUCCCUGCCCGACGGCUACGGCACCAAGGUUGGCGAGCGCGGCCUGAUGAUUUCCGGCGGCGAGAAGCAGAGGCUUGCGAUUGCUCGUCUGCUCCUCAAGGACUCGGACAUUCUCUUUUUGGACGAGGCCACCUCGGCCCUCGACACGUUUACCGAGGCCUCGCUGAUGCGGGACCUCAACGAGAGCCUGCUCAAGACGCACCGGACAGCCAUCUUUGUCGCGCACCGGCUGCGCACCAUCAGCGACGCGGACCUGAUCAUUGUGCUGCGCGACGGCAACGUCGUGCAGCAGGGCAAGCACGACGAGCUGCUGGCGAUGCGCGACUCGCUCUAUGCCGACCUGUGGGAGUCGCAGUCGACUGUUGGCAUGGGUCAAGGCGCAGGCGAGGGCGAGAAGAUCAACGACGACGCCAAGAGGGCGCCGUGAGGCGAAUCAUGUACCAUAGUUGUUCAGGAAGUCCCUAUCAUAGCAACAACCGAAUAGCAGUAGCAGCAG